CCCCUCCACAUGCAGCCCCAACAAUGCCAGGCUCUCGUCCCGAGUCGCGAUUCUCCCCAGCCCAGUACUUCGACUACCGCGGCCUGAAGGAGAUCCUGGCCAAGUUCGUCGACGGUGCGGUCGGCGAGUCGGCCCACCACGAUGACGAUGUCGAUGACCCGGCCGUCGCGGCGGCCGACAACUACGACUCCCACGACACCGUCGACAAGUCCAAGACCCCGGUGGUUGGAGCCAGCCUCGCCACCCUGCGCCGGGCGGACCCGGCCACUCCGGCCUCACCCGGGCCCGCGGCCGCCGGCACCGGGACCACCACCACCGGCAUGGUCUCGGCCGCCGGGGCCGCCGCCUCGGCUGCCGUCACCAACGCCACCACCUCUCCCCUCCCGGCGGACAAGCAGAAUUCCCCCCCUUCCGCACGGUCGGCCUUCCCCGCCAACCACUCCCUCCAGUCCAAGCCCCUGCGCGUGGCCGUUGAUCAGGCCCGGCGGACGUCCCGCGAGGACCCGUACGCCAGCAGCGCCCCCGGCACUCCGGGCGGCACCUGCUCCCUCUUCGGCGCCAGCAACGCCAUCCCCCUCUCGCGGGCAACCAGCAACCCGCACAUCAUGGAGUCUCUCAUGGGCACCGCGCUGCAGCUGGAUGACGGUGUGGGCCGGGGCUCCCCGGCCGCCCCGUUCAAGCCCUUCGUCCUGCCGCCCGAGAAGAAGGAGAUCGCCGACCAACUGAAGGAGGCCCUGCGCAACGAGAUCAACAAGGUGUCCACCGUGUUCGACGGCUACCGCGAGGAGAUCAAGAAGAAGCGCGAGCAGUGCGAGAAGGAGCUCCUUCAGUUUGAGGCCAGCCUUUCUCCCAGUCUCCGCGGUGACAAUAGCGCCUCCACCGACCCGCUGCAUUCGUCGAGUGUCGCCUCCACCGAGUCCGACGGCACGGCCUCCUCUUCAUCGCACUCCUCCUCCGGAUCCAUGUCCCUGCGCAACUCCUCCCAGCACUCCUUCUCCGCCCUCCUGGCGCAGACCGUGGACCCGCUGCCGGAUGAGCUGGUGUCCAAGGUGACCAGCCUGUGCGAUCUGGCCGACGAUCUUGUCGCCUACGCCCUGACCAAUGAGCAGGCCUGCACCAAGUUCAUCAAGAAGUGCGAACGCCGUGCCCCGACCGCCGGCGUGUUGGCCUCCCUGGCCCGGUGUGUCCGCUCGGCCAGCUUCACCAGCUCCAUUGCCGACAUUCGCGAGGUGGCCACCUGGGCGCGGAAGAUCGCCAUCGACUCGCGGCCCAGUAUCGAGGGCAUGGACCCGUCCCCCUCGCACGUUUUCUCCGAGUGUGCCACCACCAUGGUUGACCCGAUCGAAAGCGUCCCCACCUUCACCACCCUCGACCUUAACUCCCUGCCGUCCGGGCGCGUGUCGCGCAUGUGGAUCGCCCUGGCCACCGAUGGUCUGGGCUUGCCCAUUCGCGUCCCGGUCAUGGUGGCCAAGGGCGUCAAGCGCGGCCCGGUCCUCGGCAUCACGGCCGCCCUGCACGGCAACGAGCUCAACGGCAUUCCCCUCAUUCACCGCCUCUUCCGGGAAAUUGACUGCACCGAGCUUUCCGGCUGCCUGGUGGCCGUGUCCAUCGCCAACCCUCCGGGCUUCCUGCGCCAGCAGCGUGGCUAUCUCGACGGGUCGGACCUCAACCGCCUGAUGCCGGGCAAGCCCACCGGCACCGCCGGCCAGCAGUACAGUUACUACCUGCUGGAGCGCAUCGUCAAGAAGUUCGACUACUUGCUGGACAUGCACACCGCCUCCACCGGCCGUGUCAACUCGCUCUACGUCCGCGCGAACAUGAUCAACCCGGUCACCGCCAAGAUGGCCAUCCUCCAGCACCCGCAGAUCAUCGUCCACAACACCGGCCCCGAUGGGUCGCUUCGUGGCGCGGCUCACGCCCUCGGCAUCCACGCCAUCACCGUCGAGGUGGGCGACCCUCAGCGCUUCCACCGGCGCUUCAUUCACUUUGCCCACCUCGGUGUGGAGAACAUCAUGUGCCACUUGAAGAUGGUGCCUCGCCAGUCCACCCGCCCCGAGAAGGAUGCCGUCGUUUGCACCCGGUCCUUCUGGAUGUUCACCCAAUCCGGCGGCAUCCUGACCGUCCUGCCCGAGAUCAACGACUGGGUCCGGGCCGGCGAUGUGGUCGCCCGCGUGUACAAUGUCUUUGGUGACCUGAUCGCCCAGUACAUUGCCCCGGAGAAUGGCAUCGUCGUCGGCAAGAGCGUCAACCCGGUGUGCAGCUCUGGCGAUCGCAUCCUCCACCUGGGUGUCACCUCGGAGGAUGGCUUCGAGAGCCUGACCAAUGACGGCCACCUGUAAGUGUGUGCCCGGGGCUGGCAGCGUCCUUUGCCGUACGCACGUACGCAUGCGCACCCAUGUAUGAGCCAGCCCGUGCUCCGCUCGGCCUCCCCGUCUCCAAUGCGCCCCGGCGGCUGUUUUCCUUUCCGUCUGCCUUUCGUGUUACACACAGGAGACCAGUCGGGGAUGUGCGAUAUGGGGAGCGACACAAAGAGCCGGAGCCCGGAGAGGUCCCUGGUCGGCGCGUGCCCAUCGCGCUGCUGCUAUCGCUGCCUCGACAAGAAUGAAAACCAAUAAAAACGAAGCUUCACCA